GUGUGCCAUCAGGUGUUUGCCUACGAUCACUGUUUCUGGUCCAUGGAUGAAACUCAGAAGGACAAGUUUGCAGGACAAGAAGUCGUGUUCCAAUGCCUUGGUGAGAGUUUACUUGACAACGCCUUCAUGGGGUACAACGCCUGCAUCUUUGCUUACGGGCAAACAGGUUCUGGGAAGUCGUACACCAUGAUGGGUUCUGCAGAGCAGCCUGGUCUCAUCCCUCGCCUGUGCAGCUCCUUGUUCUCCAGGACUGUGCAGGAGGCUCGGGAGGGAGAGAGCUUCACUGUGGAGGUUUCCUACAUGGAGAUCUACAACGAGAAGGUCCGGGACCUGCUGGACCCAAAAGGAAGCCGCCAAGCGCUGAGGGUGAGGGAGCACCAGGUCCUGGGGCCUUAUGUCGAUGGUCUGUCUCGUCUGGCUGUGGCUAACUACAAGGACAUCGAGUGUCUGAUGUCAGAGGGAAAUAAAUCUCGCACGGUGGCCGCCACUAACAUGAAUGAAGAGAGCAGUCGGUCUCAUGGCGUGUUCAACAUCACCCUCACACACACACUGAUGGACCUGCAGUCAGGGACCAGCGGGGAGAAGGUGAGCAAGCUGAGCCUGGUGGACCUGGCAGGAAGUGAGCGUGCAGCCAAGACCGGGGCGGCCGGAGAACGGCUGAAAGAAGGAAGCAACAUCAACAAAUCUCUCAGUACUCUGGGUUUAGUGAUCUCAGCCUUGGCGGAGCAGAGUGCAGGGAAGACCAGGGGCAAGUUUGUCCCCUACAGGGACUCAGUGCUCACCUGGCUGCUGAAGGACAGUCUGGGGGGGAACAGCCGCACGGCCAUGGUGGCCACCAUCAGCCCGGCAGCGGACAACUACGACGAGACCUUGUCCACGCUGCGCUACGCCCACCGCGCCAAAAGUAUCGUCAACCACGCGGUGGUGAACGAGGACCCCAACGCCAGAAUCAUCAGGGAGCUGCGAGAGGAAGUGGAAAAACUAAGGGAGCAGCUCACUGAGGCCGAGUCGAUGAAGGCUCCCGAGCUGAAGGAGCGACUGGAGGAGUCUGAGAAACUGAUCCAGGAGAUGACGGUGACGUGGGAGGACAAACUCCGGAAGACUGAGGCUGUCGCACAGGAGCGACAGAAGCAGCUGGAGAGUUUGGGCAUCUCCUUGCAGUCGUCCGGCAUCCGAGUGGUGCAUGACAAGUGCUUCCUGGUCAACCUGAACGCUGACCCCGCCCUCAAUGAGCUGCUGGUCUACUACCUGAAGGAGCACACACGUGUGGGCUCAGCCACAUCUCAGGACAUCCAGCUGUGUGGCAUGGCCAUCCAAGCCCAGCACUGCGUCCUGGACAUCACACCAAACGAUGGCGUGGUGCUCACACCUCACUGCAACGCCAGAACCUGGGUGAACGGUGCUGUGGUCAGCAGCCCGGUGCGCCUUCAUCACGGAGAUCGCAUCCUGUGGGGGAACAACCAUUUCUUCAGGAUCAACCUGCCCAAGCAUUUGGUCCACACGGCGGGUGAGGAGGACGAGGAGGAGGGCGGGGCGAGAAUGAAGAGCUGUUUAGGUCCAGACCAGCUGGAGGUGGACUUUGACGCGUCGAGUGACGUCUCCAGUGAAGCAGGCUUUGAGUUUGCUCAGGCCGAGGUCAUGAUGAAAGGAAUGGCCAGCAACGAUCCCUUGCAGUCGGUGUUACAGACCCUGGAGAGACAGCACGAGGAGGAGAAACGCUGCGCCUUGGAGCGUCAGAGGUUGAUGUACGAACAGGAACUGCAGCAACUCCGCCAACGACUCCACCCUGAAAGAUCUUCUCAUCUCCUGGACUUGUCAGGCUCUCCUCCUAAUGCCACCGCACCUUCAGCUGGUUCCAACAAACGCAUGCGGCGCUGGAGCGAAGACAGAGAGGCAAUGAUUACUCGGAGCCUUCGACGUCUGAAGGAGCAGAUCGUCCGGGCCAACCUGUUGGCUCAGGAGGCCUGUUUUAUUACGGAGGAGCUGAACAAGAGGACGGAGUACUUGGUGACCUUGCAGAUACCAGCUGCCAAUCUAGAUGCCAACAGGAAGCGUGACAUGGUGCUGAGUGAGCCCGCCAUUCAGGUGCGCCGCAAAGGCAAAGGCAAGCAGAUCUGGGCCAUGGAGAAGAUGGAGAACCGUCUGGUGGACAUGAGGGAGCUCUACCAGGAGUGGAAGGACUUUGAUGAAGACAGCGCUGUCAUGCGCUCCUAUUUCAAACGGGCUGACCCCUUUUUUGACGAGCAAGAGAACCACAGCCUGAUUGGGGUGGCCAAUGUCUUCCUGGCGUGUCUCUUCUACGACGUCAAGCUGCAGUACGCUGUUCCCAUCAUCAACCAGAAGGGGGAGGUAGCGGCUCGGCUCCAUGUGGAGGUGUGGCGAGGAACUGAAGGCCUGGAGGAGCAAGGUCCUCUGCAGGGUAUCGCCGAUGGAGACCUUCAGGAGCGCAACUUCAACUGUGUGGUGAAGAUCCUCCAGGCCACUGGUCUUCCUCGUCACCUGUCCAACUUCGUCUUCUGCCAGUUCCACUUCUGGGGUCAGCAGGAGCCAACCUUCAUAGCUCCAGAGCUGACACCUUCCCUCUCGCCCACUGCCUCCAGAGACCCCCAGUGCACCGUGGUCUUUGACAUCUCCAAGGAGCUGUCCGUGCCCGUGUCCGAGGACUUCCUGGAGCACUUGUCUGAGGGUGCGCUGGCUAUCGAGGUGUACGGUCACAAGCAGGCCAACCACCGCAGGAACCUGGCACUGUGGGACCUGGCUGUGAUUCAGGCCAAGACCCGCUCGCUCAGAGAGAGGUGGAGCGAGGUGACUCGCCGACUGGAGGUGUGGGUGCAGGUGAUGGAGCUGAACGACGCAGGACAGUUCACAGCCGUAGAAGUUCUUCCCGCUAAGGACGUGCGCACCGGUGGAAUCUUUCAGCUGAGACAGGGUCAGUCCCGUCGCAUUCAGGUGCAGGUGUGCCCGGUGCCGGACUCUGGCACCAUGCCCCUCAUCUGCAGCUCCAUCCUCUCGGUGUCCAUCGGAGACGUCAAGGUCCAAAGUACAGCAAAAGGCAGAGACUCCCACUCGGUCCAGACCGAAGACAUGGACAGCUACCAGGAAGUGGAUGUGGAAAGGAUGAGGAGACAAUGGCUGGCCACGCUCACGCAGAGACAAGAGUACCUGGACCAGCAGCUCCACAAGAUCCUGUCCAAAGCAGAUAAAUCGGAGGAUGAUUUGGAGAGGGAGUCCCAGCUGCUGGAGUGUCGUCUGACGCUCACUGAGGAACGUAACGCCGUGUUGGUGCCGUCGGCCGGCAGUGGCAUUCCUGGAGCACCAGUCGAAGGAGUUCCUGUACCUGGCAUGGAAACACACAUUCCAGUCCUCUUCCUGGACCUCAGUGCCGAUGAUUUGCAGUCCAGUCUUUCAGUCCCUCUGGGUGGGGGGCUGGAUGCGUACCUCGACGAGGAGUUCGAAGACGACUUCUUUGAUCUUCACAUCGUCAAACAUUACGACUCGGUGGUGAAGGUGGAGGCAUCCUGGGACUCCACGGUCCACGAGUGCCCCCAGCUCAGCCGCGUGGCCACAGGUGAGCAGAGAGUCUACCUGACGAUCCGCGUCGUGCUGGAGUUAAGUCACCCCGCCCACAUGCAACUCGUCCUCAGGAAGCGCAUCUGUGUUCAUGUCACUGGGAGACAGGGUUUUGCCCAGAGUCUCCUAAAGAGGAUGUCCCAGCGCAGCCCGAUCCCAGGGUGUGGCGUCACCUUUGAAAUAGUCUCCAACAUACCAGGGGACUACCACGGUCCGGAGGACAGAGAGAUGCUCGCUCGGUUAGCGGCCAGUGCGGAUGACGAGCAGUCAGCUGACAGCGAGGCGGCCAUUGAGAAAUAUCUGCGCAGCGUCCUGGCUGUGGAGAACAUCCUCACGCUGGACAGACUGCGACAGGAGGUAGCAGUCAGGGAACAGCUGGCAGGCCGAGGGAAAACUCCAAGACGCUGUCUCAGCUCGCCAAACGUCAACCGGCUUUCUGCCAGCACUUUGGAUGUCUUCUCUUCAACCUGCAAACUCCAUGACUUCCAGGUCUGGGAGACUGACCAGGACCUCUCUGCUCCUCCUAAGUCCAGACGCACCAUGUCCACUUCAGGAUCAGAAACAACCACAUUUUUCGGCUCUGCUGUGUCUUCUCUUCCUCCAGUGAAGGCCGUGCCCACGCUGCAGAAGUCACUGCUUCCUGGUGGCAAAGAAGAUGUCAGAGAGCAUCAGCGGAAUGUGCCUGGUAUCAUUGUGCAGUCAGCAAGUGUUGAAGAGGGCAUGAGCACCUAUCUUUUGGCUCCUUAUCAGGAUAUCGUCUCAACAGAAAGUCCCAAAGCUUUGCCGCUUCCUUCUCCAACCAUCCCAGAGAUAGAAGAUUGUAGUUUGAACGAAGCGUCCAGCAGAUACACGUUCACCAGUACGUCCAACGGCAUGCCGACCGGUACAUCCACCGGCACGCCCGCCAGUACGCCCGGCAGUACGUCCACCGGCAUGUCCACCGGUGCGCCCGGCAGUUCGUCCACCGGUGCGUCCGGCAGUACGUCCACCGGUACAUUCAUUGGUACGUCCGGCAGUACGUCCACUGGCACGUCCGGCAGUACGUCCACCGGCACGUCCGGCAGUACGUCCACCGGUACAUUCAUUGGUACGUCCGGCAGUACGUCCACCGGUACAUUCAUUGGUACGUCCGGCAGUACGUCCACCGGUACAUUCAUUGGUACGUCCGGCAGUACGUCCACUGGCACGUCCGGCAGUACGUCCACCGGCACGUCCGGCAGUACGUCCACCGGCACGUCCGGUAGUACGUCCACGGGCACGUCCGGCAGUACGUCCACUGGCACAUCUGGCAGUACGUCCACCGGCACGUUCGGCAGUACGUCCACCGGCACGCCCACCAGUACGUCCACCGGUACGCCCGGCAGUACGUCCAGUGGCACGUCCGGCAGUACGCCCGCCAGAAUGUCCGGCAGUAUGUCCACUGGCACGUCCAACAGUACGUUCACCGGUACGUCCGCCGGCAUGCCGACCGGUACAUCCACUGGCACGCCCACCAGUACGUCCACCGGCAUGUCCACCGGUGCGCCCGGCAGUUCGUCCACCGGUGCGUCCGGCAGUACGUCCACCGGUACAUCCAUUGGUACGUCCGGCAGUACGUCCACCGGCACGUCCGGCAGUACGUCCACCGGCACGUCCGGCAGUACGUCCACCGGCACGUCCGGCAGUACGUCCACCGGCACGUCCGGCAGUACGUCCACCGGCACGUCCGGCAGUACGUCCACCGGCACGUUCGGCAGUACGUCCACCGGCACGCUCACCAGUACGUCCACCGGUACGCCCGGCAGUACGUCCAGUGGCGCGUCCGGCAGUACGCCCGCCAGAAUGUCCGGCAGUAUGUCCACUGGCACGUCCAACAGUACGUUCACCGGUACGUCCGCCGGCAUGCCGACCGGUACAUCCACUGGCACGCCCACCAGUAUGUCCACCGGCACGUCCACCAAUUCACUGUCAGACAUCUACACGCUUAGCUGGGAUCUUCCUCCACUGUCGGGUCAGGGUGCGGAUGAGGCAGGAAAUAAAGUCCCACAGCAAUCCAACAGUAAUGUUGGACCUCAUGCGAACCAUUCAGAACCUGCGGCGAGAUCAGUCCUGCCACAGUCAAAACCAAAAGAGCCUUCAAAUCACCCAAAAACAAAUCCAUCGCCAUUAGUCCAAGGAGACGAACUUGAUCCAUUUGUGGAGUCCAAGAGUCCAGAACAAUUAGAGGAUGACUCUGUGGACUCAGAACAACUUGCCAGUUCACUCCUAGCACUGGAGAACAAAACCAAACCAGAAGAACCUCCGCAAACAGACUCAAAACCAAAGACCUGCAUUACAGAAAGUGUUCAAAUGGAUGUAAAAGAAUCCACUAAACCAAUUCAGAAAGAAUCCGAGAGGAAGAAAAAGGCCAAACAAAGUCCUGCGUCAGUCUUGACCCAGAUGUCCAAUGAACUGAAGAGUUCUGAUCCACUAUCUUCAUCCCAGGACCAAACCAGUACCAAAGCCUCAGGCUCCAAAGCGCCCUCUUUCCCAGCAUCGUGGUCCACUGAGGAGGUCUCCCUGGAAGCUGAGCCCAGUGUUCAAACCUCAAAAGCAGCCAACACCUUCAAAAUCCAAAAAGUACAAUCGUCAGACCUCAAGUCCUUCCAGCGGAUCCUCAGUGAGCCAGAAAACCAACCAGGUCAGACAGAGCAGGUUAGCGCUUCUGAGAAGUCGGAACUAGAUCUAUCUGAGCCUUUGGAGCUGGUCUUGGACUCUGAGGACGGAGAAGCGACCGCUUCUCUCUCCAUCCCUGAUUGGCUGAAAGUAGGAGCGUUUGUGAGCGUCGGAACCAAUAAAAGCGGCACAGUGCGCUACGUGGGACCCACAGACUUUGCAGACGGGAUCUGGGUGGGAGUCGAACUGGAGGUCCCUGCAGGAAGGAAUGACGGUUCUGUUAGUGGCAAACACUACUUCCACUGUAACCCUGGUUACGGAGUCCUCGUACGGCCGGACCGGCUGAAUCCUGGCGGCGCCAAACGCCGGCGCCAGCAUCACAAGCGUCGCAGUGCCAAUUUAUCAGGCUCCGCAUCCAACUUGGCGGCUCUCGCCAAAGGUGAAAGUGCAACCACAUCCACAUCCACAUCUACAUCUACUUGCAACAGCGGUGAAGAACACAAGUCUUGAUAGAGUCAAACAUGAAUGAUUGAACACAGUAGAACUACUUCCUGUCAGCUACCAGGUAUGUAAACUAGUCCUGUGUGUACUAGUCAUACAUCUAUUUGAACUAGUUCGAUAACUAUGUGAACUAGUCCUGUGUGUACUAGUUCUACAUCUAUGUGUACUAGUCAGAACUAGUUCACUUAGCUGGAUGUGUACUAGUUGUACAUUUAUGUGAACUAGCCCUGUGUGUACUAGUCAUACAUCUGAAUUAGUCCUACAUCUAUGUGAACAAGUCCUGUGUGUACUAGUCAUACAUCUAUUUGAACUACUACUAGUUUGAUAUUUAUGUAAACUAGUCCGUGUACUAGUCCUACAUCUGUGUGUACUAGUCCUACAUCUAUGUGAACUAGUCCUACAGCUUUGUGUACUAGUUCUAGUUC